CUGGAAGAAACAUGUACAAAAUGAAUUGUAUCCUGUUCACUGUCUUCAUUGUUCUGAUUGCUUAUUGCAGUUCUGGAUAUGCCCUGAAGUGUUACAUCUGUGCAGAUAGUCCUUCAUUGUGUUCAACCAAUGCUACUUGCCCCCAUGGAGAUGAUAGUUGCUUACAGAUCAGGUUUGCUGAUUUGAAAACCUAUGCCUGCUGGAAAUACUCCCGAUGCAACAUGAAUGAGAUUGCUGAUGAUUUUGGUGCUGACAACUUUCAUUUCCACUGCUGUCAAAAGGACUUUUGCAACAAGAGUCCAGCCACAGUGGUUAGUAAAACAACCUUCAGCAUUGCGACUGUGAUGACCAUGAUCUGGAUGCUCUGCUUUUAAUCUGGAGACAAAAAGAUAAACAUCUUUUUUUCUGUUUGUAUUGCUAAAUAUUUUCCCAAUUCUCUAACUAUGGGGUGGUGGAGUUUUGCCCUCUGAUUUAUAAAUCGUGCUUCACAAAGUGCUCUCUCUCAGAUACAUUACUGUCAACAGCUGUCUGGAAAAAGGGGCACAUUGUGUGUUAUCAGUCAGAGAGAGGCAGAACAUUCUGUGAUGCCACAUUUGGAGGAAAAUACCAUCUUUUAGAAAAAGCUGUAUAUGGAAAAAACAUGGGAAAAUACAUAUUACGUGCUAGAAAAUUGUAAUUGCUUAAUGUUCUAUGAAUUUGCAAUUAUGUUUUUCUCUCUUCUCCAAUAUGUUUUAUUAUCCUUCAGCCAGUGAAUUCUCCUGCUGUUGUUUAGAAGUAAAAUUUCUUAUGAUCUUAUUAAUGUAGUUGAAAUCCUACUUCUUGCUGAAAUAUGUUUAGCAAUGUUUUUCAAAUGAAUUAUGAAGCCAUUGAAAUUGCAUUAUUUUGGGGGAAAGCUUUUGAGUGUUUUACAAUUGAAAAUUAAAUUGAGGUGCAUUUUAAGUAAGUAAGGAAUGCCCUGCCUCUCUGUAGAGUUCUAUGAGCAUGCAGGUACAUGUAGUUGCUGCUUCAGCAUCUUGUGUAAAUUUUAUCUAUUACUUAUGAUGGCUUUCACAACAAAGAUUUGAGCUGCGCAGGUCCUUUGCACAGCAAACAACUUUGUAUAUUCAGAGUUGUAUGCAAUCUUCUGGCGUUAGCCUGAUAUUUUUGUCUGAAAAACAGUUAAGAGUUUAAAAGGGCAUACCUAGCAAAAUUUCCAGUAUGGAUAUGCUUUAAUUAAUUUCUGCUUGAAAACAGAUUCAGCAAAUGCAACUGACUCUAAGGGCUUCUAAAUGUGGAUGUUUCAGAAAUAGACUUGUAGAACUUCUUUGUGCAACACUUAUAACUGCCAAUAUUUUAUUAUUAUUGAC